UUUUUCUUUCCUUUACUGAUAUUCCCCAUUCCAAGCACAUCACACAUACUAUGGCCACUGCAAAAUUGGAAACAAAAAUAAAUACAAACAAUUGUCCUUCUUUGAAGGACUCCAAGUCCUAUGUUCAUUUUAUUGCUGGAGGGGUUGGCGGACUUAUGGGUGCCGUAUGUACUUCACCAUUAGACGUCGUAAAGACGAGACUACAAUCCACAUUCUAUCAACAAAGUUCAAAACAAGCUGUGAAGCAUACUGGAUCUAUUUGGUCACAUUUUGCAGAAACGGGACGAUUAUUAGUUCAAAUCAAGAAAGUGGAAGGAAUACAAGGGUAUUUCAAAGGUUUAGGUCCAAACCUCGUGGGUGUCAUUCCUGCUAGGGCCAUCAACUUUUAUACUUAUGGCAAUGGCAAGCGUUUUUACACAGAAUUGAACGAUGGAAAGGAAACGCCCUUUAUUCAUUUAAUUUCUGCAGCGACCGCAGGUGCGGUCACCUCUACCUUGACAAAUCCUAUCUGGGUUAUCAAGACAAGAUUGCAAUUACAAGGCAAAGAAAAGAUCUACAAGAGCAGUUUUGACUGCACAAUGAAGAUUUUAAAAGAGGACAAAAUUAGAGGACUCUUCAAGGGCAUGAGCGCAUCCUACCUGGGCAUUGCGGAAGGCACAAUACAAUGGGUUAUUUACGAAAAUUUGAAAAAACGGUGGGCCACCAGCUCAGAUACUGAUAAAAUGAAAGAUAGAUGGAUCAUAGGUGGUAAAAGUGCGCAAGCUUGGUUUGGUAAUUUGGGAGCAGCGGCUAUUGCAAAAUUAAUAGCAGCCUGUAUAGCCUAUCCACACGAAGUGAUUAGAACGCGCUUGAGAGAGCCAGCGCCCAAGAAUGGCAAAGCGAAAUAUACCGGAUUAGUGCAAACAUUGAAACUGAUUGUAAAAGAAGAAGGAGCCAUUGCUCUCUAUGGUGGUAUGUCAGCGCACUUGAUGCGUGUUGUACCGAAUGCAGCAAUCAUGUUUUUCUGUUACGAGGCUAUAUUACAUAAAUUUGGCUCAGAAUCGACCUCCACACCCUCAGUAGCAAAGACAACAAUAGAAACAACAGCGCUCACAUCGCCAAAGAACAGCCAUUAAUUUCGAUACAUACAUAUAUAUAUAUAUAUACAUAGAUAAAUCAUGAUCUCCACAAGUAUUCCUACUAGACGCGUUUAUUGACUAGACUACCUUCUUUUAUAUAUUAGUGCAUAGGAUAUCACACUAUCCAACCCUCGAACCCCUCUUUCUAUUUUUUUUCUUUCUUUCUGUAAAUAAUUAUGUUAGCAGAUGAUGUAGAUUACUUCUGAACCAAAUAAAAUAAGGUUAUAUCAUAACG